UUUUACAGUUGACCCUGCAGCAGCUACGUUCUGCCCAGUUGUUUCAGCAAUGCCUCCUGUCCUUUGAAUAGCCCGCUAUUCCAUCUGUGGAUUAAAGCUCGUCGACAGGACCGUUGGACUUGACAGCUGAAACUUUCUGCACACUACAACUCCAGUCUUCUCUACAAGUCUGAGCGAACGAUUGUGGCAAAAUGACAUCUGUGGCCCUGAAUGUUCCACUGAAAAUGGACACAAAGGACCUCCAGAUCAAAACCUUAACAGUGGAAAGAUUGAUUCAGCCUUUGAUAUUGCAGGUCACAACUUUAGUUAACUGCGUCAGAGAUCCUUCAAAGAAGAAAAAGGGACGAUCAAAGAGAGCUAGUGUACUUCUGGCAUCAGUGGAGGAAGCCACAAAUAACCUGAUUGAAAAGGGGGAUCAGAUUGCCAAGGACACCACUUAUCUGAAGAUGGAACUUACUGAAGCAGUUCAGGAUGUACGUAGAGAAGGUGAAACGAUGAGAGUUACGUCAAAAGAAUUCACAGAUAACCCCUGUGCCUUAGCAAAGCGAGAAGGCAUGGUUGAUGCCGCGCGAGGUCUCCUUGCUGCAGUGACCCGACUUCUGAUUCUGGCAGACAUUCUUGAUGUUGUGCAUCUCCUGCAGCACCUCACGGCUGUCCAGAAUUCAUUUGCAUUGUUGACAAAGGUGUCAAAUGAAGAUGACCUGAACAACGCGUACCGAACGUUUGCGCAGGACUUAACCAAAUUAGACUUCCUGACUCAGAAACGCCAACAGGACCUCAAGUCACCCAGUGAGCGUGAAGGUCUGGCAGCUGCCCGUGCUUGCUUGAAGCAGACCUCUCCCUUGUUAUAUUCUUCAUUCAUGGCCUACUUGCAACAUCCUAACAUCACUGCGCUUCAGGCAGGGCGGGAGUCUGUCCAUGGUGAGAUACAAGAGGCCUUUGCUGUCAUCUCUGACGCUGUGCAGGGAAUUGGAUGCCCAAUGUCCAAGUCCAUAACGGCUGUUCCAUCUCUCGCUGGUGCCAUUGAUGAAUUUGAGAAUGCCAUAGUCAUUGACCCCCUUGCAGUCCAUGAAGACAAACUAAGGCCUUUGCUGGAGAAGAGACUGGAAGGUAUUGUCAGUGAAGCUGCUUGGAUGGCAGACUCUUCCUGCACACGUGACCAUCACCGUGAGCACAUAAUAACAGAGUGCAACGCAGUGCGCCAGGCACUUCAAUCCCUACUGUUGGAAUAUAUGAGUAACGCUGGUUAUAAAGAACGAAGUGAUGCUGUGAACUCUGCCAUUGAAAACAUGUGCGAGAAGACGAGGCAACUUCGCAGACAGCUGCACAAGGCAAUAAUCGACCACGUGUCGGACUCUUUCCUGGACACCACCGUCCCUCUCCUGGUCCUGAUUGAAGCUGCAAAAAGUGGGAAUGAAAAGGAUAUCAAUGAAUAUGUGGCUAUAUUCAGAGAGCACGCCAGUAAACUGGUGGAGGUGGCCAAUCUUGCUUGUUCAAUGUCAACCAACAAAGAAGGAAUCAAUAUUAUUCAACUGGCAGGGCACCACAUUGAGGCCAUGUGUCCUCAGGUCAUCAAUGCUGCACUGGCACUUGCUUCCUCCCCAAAAAGCCAAAGUAUCGCAAGUAACAUGGAAAUGUACAAGAAGGCCUGGGAGAACCACAUCCGCCUCUUGACCGAAGCAGUGGACGACAUUACCAGCAUCGAUGAGUUUCUCACCAUCUCUGAAAGCCACAUUCUAGAAGAUGUGAAUAACUGCAUCAUCUCUUUGAGGGGGAGCAACGCAGAGACCCUGGACCGUGUGGCCGGAGCAAUUCAAGGACGAGCUGCUCGAGUUGCUCACGUUGUCAGCUGCGAGAUGGAAAAUUAUGAGUCUGGGAUCUACACGGAAAAAGUGAUGAAAUUAGUCCAGGAUUUGGAAGGAUUUGCUGUUGCGGAGUUUGUUACACAAGUGAACGCAGCUCUGGAAAGGAUCAGCAUCGGCUCCGCGACCCAGUUUGACGACAGCGACUUCGUGGAAGCCUCCAGGAAGGUCUACGAUGCAGUUCACGACAUCCGAUGUGCUGUUCUGAUGAUCAGGACACCUGAAGAGCUUGAAGAUAUGUCUGACCUUGAGGAUGGUCACGAUGCCUUAAGUCACACCAGUGUGCAGACAGAGGGAAAAUCUGAUAGGGCUAAAAUGACUGAACUACCUGAAGAGGAAAAGGCUAAAAUUGCCGAGCAGGUUGCAGAUUUCAAGAAGGUUAAGGGCAGGCUGGAUGCUGAGAUUGAGAUUUGGGACGAGACCAGCAAUGACAUCAUUGUACUUGCCAAGAAGAUGUGCAUGAUCAUGAUGGAGAUGACUGACUUCACCAGAGGAAGAGGCCCCCUGAAAAAUACAUCCGAUGUCAUCAAUGCGGCCAAAACAAUUUCCGAUUCUGGCAACAGGAUGGAUGCAUUGGUGCGCCAGAUCGCAAACCAGUGCCAAGAUCCAUCUUGUAAACAAGACUUGUUAGCGUACCUAGAGCAAAUCAAGCUCUAUUCUCACCAGCUCAAGAUUUGCAGCAAAGUCAAAGCUGAAAUCCAGAAUCUGAGUGAAGAGCUCAUUGUUUCUGCGUUGGACAGUAUUACCUCCCUCAUCUUGUCAGCCAAGAACCUGAUGAAUACAGUGGUAGACACGGUGAAGAUGUCCUACAUUGCAUCGAUCAAGAUCGUCAGGCUGCAGAGCCCCUCGGCUGCACUUCACUCAGUCGUCAUGUGGAGAAUGAAGGUUCCCGAAAAGAAGCCCUUGAUCAAGCGGGAGAAUCCCAAGGACCUGUCAGCGGUGGUGCGGAGGGGCUCCACCAAGAAAAAAGUCCACCCUGUCAAAGUUAUGAGCGAGUUCAGAGGAAGAAACGCUCCCUAAAUCCAACAUGUACACUGCUUUUGCUCAAUCACAGGGUGAAUUGCUUGUGGACGUGUGUUGUUGAAGCUGCAUCGAGCCUGCAAAUUAGGAAUGUAGGAAUAAAUAGUCAAUAAAAGACCAUGCCUGCCUAGUUUACCCUCAACCACCCUGAUAGCGAUGAUUAAUGGUGAUAGAGUUUAGUUUAGAUUAGAAAUCCAGCGCGGAAACAGGCCCUUCGGCCCACCAGGUCCAUGCCGGCCAAUGAUCCCCGCACAUUAACACCAUCCUACACACACACACUAGAGACAAUAUUUACAUUAACCAAGCCAAUUUACCUACAAGCCUGUACAUCUUUGGGGUUCUUGGUGCUUGGUCCUCCAAAAUAUUCCAAAUGGAAUUUAAACUGGAGGUGGUCUUUUACAUUGGUGAGUUGCUGAGUGAUUAUAGUGAUCGACCCCUACCAGUAACUCUUCAACGCAUCCAGUCAGGAAGUGAGACAGUCCUAGGGACAUAGAAAACUUGUGGAAUCAGAGGUCCACGUUCCUUGUUUCCGCCCUUACCAAGUGUCAUGUAUCAAGUAGGCAACAGGGCAAGUCCAUUCAUAAUGUAACACAUUACAGGGCAAUAAACCAUCACUGUUUAAUGUGCAGACAGUAGCUGAGAGGAAGAUGAGCAGAAGGUAGAACUCCAUAUAAUUGGAUGUGCAGAGAAUGGGCAGUAUCACUGGGCAUAUCUUAAACCAGCCCCUUACAUAGUCAAACAGGAACCGGUCUAAUGUGGCAAACAUGCACAUCUUGCUACGCUGUAUUUGAUUGAUAGUUUCCUUACAUGAAGAGCUGGAUUCUGCAUCCCUUCUGUUUAAAGAAAAAAAUGGCCAAACAUAUACUGUAAUGUACCAUGACCUGCAUAGAAUUACAUAGAAAUAGCACCAAGGAAAUCGCAGAUCCAUCCAGAGAGGGUUUUAUUCAACAUGAACACCUUCUAGCCCAGGUCAUCUAACUGCAUGAAUAUAUAUUCUUUCUUCUCCUUGCCUUUAUCUAAUUUCUAUGUUAUCUUGAUUAGUACAGGUGUACUAUUCAUACUAUUAGUACCAUAAGUACUAUUUUUGAUUACUACAGGCGUCAGAGGUUAUGGGGAGAAGGCAGGAGAAUGGGGGUUAGGAGAGAUAGAUCAGCCACAAAUGAAUGGCAGAGUAGACUUGAUGGGCCAAAUGGUCUAAUUCUACUCCUAUUUCUUAUGACCUUAUGAUCAAUGCCUUUCACUUCGAAGGCUCCAUACAGUAAAGAUGUUUCUCAUGAAUUCCAUAUUUGAUUAAUUGGCAACUAUCAUUUUUAGUUAUGUUCCUUUUUGUCUCACCUACUAGAGCAUGCAUCUUAUUUAUUUCCACAUAACGAGUUCCUUCCUAUAAACAUUUUUCUCAGGUCAUUCCUUGACCUUUUCUAUCCUGGACGAGGCCCCAGCAUGAUAGUUAUAACCUGAUCCUUACUUUCAAGAGUCAAGAGCGUUUAAUUGCCAUAUGUACCGAAAAUACAAUUUGUACUUGCAGCUGAAUAACAUGUCCAUAAGCACAGGACACAUGGAUGACGCAAUAAACAAAGAAAAAUCAAUAUUAAAAAAAAAACAAUAUUACAGUAAAACAAAAGCCCAAAGUGCCUAGUGUAACAGCAGCUGACAGCAUGAAUGGCAGUAUCCACUCGGUGUUAAACCAAUUCUACACUGAUAUUAUGUGCCCAGAAUAGUCUCAUGCUGGAGGUAACUUUUAUUCAGUGGUGAGGCCAGGCUUUCUACAUAUUGAAAAAAAGCCUACUGUUGGAUAAACGAUGCAUCUGCCUGCUUUAGACAUUAGUUCCUUUUGACAAUGGAGAUCCUAUAUUAUUAACCAGAUUCCAAUGACUGCUUUAGAAUAGGUCUGGUCUGAACUUAGUCAGGGGACUGUAUAAUUCUGGUCAAAGGUACAACCCUAUGUUUUGCCACAUGUCAGGGAAGUGAAAAGGCACGAGAAUGAGCAAGAUCUUGCUGGAUUGAGUUGCACCUCGCACUCUGUGCCUUGUACCAUCCUCUAAAUGCUUCCUAAUCCACACUUUAGUUGAAGAUGCUGCCUCAGUGCCCCGACCCUCCUGCCACAUGAGGCAGUCCAGGAAUGGAGAUCAGGCUUCAGGUGACAGGUCCAAGGGCCCACCCUCAGACCACUGUCAAAGUUAUUGAAUUACAGUUUGAAAGGACUAAAUAGGAUAGAGAAUAAAAUGACUAAUAUUAAAUAUAUAUAAAAUAUUAAACCGUUAAACCUGAUAAACUAAAGUUGCUUAAAAAAACAUUUAACCCAUAUAAACUAAAUUGAAAACUUACAGUCACAUAAAGUCAAAUGUGAAAGCCAAAAAAACAACUCACACAUACUUUUCCAAUUCAGGUUGAACCUAUUUUAAUGAAUGGGACUGUAUUAACUGUGGCUUGGGUAUCAUGGCUGGGGUAUAAUGGAGGAUCCAGAUAAGAUGAGUCUCCAGUUACUCAUCUCAGCAUGACCAAGCUCACUGCUGGACAGAGAUUAGCAGCAGCAACAAUUUGAAAUGCUAGACACAAAAUGGUGGAGUAACUCAGAGGGUCAGGCAGCAUCUCUGGAGAAAAGGAAUAGGUGAUGUUUCGGGGUCGAGACCCUUCUUCAGACUAGGUCCAUCUUCCGUGUAAACCAGCAUCUGCAAUUCCUUCCUGUACAAUUUGAAAAAUUAAAUCUUUUUGAUAUUAAUUUUUUUUUUAAUUGAAAUAAUCCUCAUCCUUAUGUCCUUAAUUCACCAGAGAAAUCACUUACACCAAUAAAGCCUUGAAUGAUGAACACUGUUGCCAAAGGCAUGUGAAGGACAUAUUUUGAAAUUCUGCAUAUGACUUUAUACACCUUUCUGCAUCUUUAUUUGCCCGUUUAUUUGGGUAGAUUCAGCACAUAUUGUAAGCAUUUGAAUUCCUUUUUCUGAGAUCCUCAUCACUGAAGCUCCCAACUUUUUUAAGUUACUUCCGUAAUGUUUUCGCACUCAGUGCCAGCAGCAACAUCUCAACAGCAUGAGACAAACACAUCUUAUUAUGUAACAUAACAAUAAAGCAGGACGCCGACUCUGUCAUAAUUGGAUUAUCGAAAAUAAACCCAAAUCUGAAGCAAUCCCAGCAUCUUUACUGGAGUAAUUUUGCACAAAUGGAUCCUGCGUAAAACUACCUCAAGGUGUAAUACUGAGUUGCCCAGAUAAUGUACAAAUGACAGAAUAUAUCAAUGUUGCUGACAGUUUAAAGGUCGGAAUCCAAUCUGGUCAUUAUCUUUUCAUUAAACAUGUAUAUUGCUCCAUUUAAUUUAUUCCGAGAACUGAAUCAUGCAGAAUGAAUGAUCUGCAUGGCAGAUACUGCACAGUGUUGCUCAUCUAUGAAUCCUCUCUUCAAAAUAUGAGAUCAUUUAUAAAAUAUAAAGAAUAUAUUUGGCAUUGUUGGUGAUAACUGUUCCAAAUGUAUACAUUACAGAGCUUGGAAAUUUGCCUGUUGCAAAGUUAAUAUAUUAAUGAGAUGUAUUUUAUUCCCUAAAUGACACUGGCUUAAAGACUAAGUUUGAAUGAACAAAAUUUAUUGCUAGCUUUGUGCGCAAAUUUCUUGACUUCCAAAAACGAAGAGCUAUAAAACAAUAGUGCUGAAAGUUGAUAGCUUUGCAAAAAUUUGACAGAAUGUUAAAAUGAAAUUACCACAAAUUAAAGUGGAAGAAUAAUAUGGACUUGGCAGUGCAAUAAUUUUACUAUAAAUUCAACCUUUGCUUUCAAUUCCUUAGCAGUCCUCAAGAGUUAAUAAUUAUAAUAGAUUUAACCAAACAUUAACUAUUCAUUUGCUUUUACGCAAGCAGAGUCUUCAUGGUUCUUGUACAGGGAAAACCAAAUGCAACUCUAAUCGAGUUACCAACUGUAGUCGUGUAUCUUUGCCAAUAUUUCUUAAAAUAUCAUGGGACAAAUAACGAUUCUUUUCUGCACCGUCUUUGAACAUCCACUUUCCUUCAAUAUCUCCUCUUGCUAUAAUUCCCCAAAUGUGUAUUAAAGCCGGUUUUGCAAAUUGUGGAUCAACAAUAUGUUUUGUCAAAGUAAACAGCAUAUCAAGGAAAGCAAGUUAUCUGUUGACAAUUGAACCAUGAGCAGAAUGCAGUAAUCCUCCUUUAGUUUUGAAAAUGAUGAAAUCAUAGCUAACAGAAUGCAGUCUAUCGAAAGAAUACUGUCAUUUAUUUGCGGUGAUUUAAUUAAUUAGUUAUUAAGCUAAAGUAUAAUUUUGCUAUGUUGCUGAAAUUAUGACAUCUGCCAUCUGCAAUUCACUUUUUCUUUUGCAAUUUAUUCAGUAAUUAUACAGUUACCUUGUAAGCUGCUAUAUCAUCAAGUUAUUUGAAAUUUAUCAGGCUCAGCAAAAGUGAAUGCAAAAUGUGGAAAUUUUAUUGGGACCUUGCCUCAUUCAGAUUUCAUUACUUCACAAACUCAGGUGGAAGAUUUUACAUCAGCCGGAAAAUUAGUUGACGGGUACUGACCAAGUCUUCAGCUCUUUGUAGAAUACACUUGGUGAAGUUUCAUUAUCAGCUACACAUUUUCUAAGGAGGAUUGUUCUAAAGACCAAAAAAAGACAAUUAUAGUCUCAGAAUAGAUGCUGGAUUAACCAAAUGCAAAUACUAGAAUUCCUGAUUAACAUCCAAGAUUGCUCUGAAAUAUGAACAGAUAGCAUUAAUCAUUAUUUCUUCUUGCAAAAAUGUGUUUGUGGGAGAAUUUUAUUUUUUAAAUGUAUUGACCUUGAAGGAAAUAAAGCACAAGUUCACCAGUGACUUUGGGUUUAAAGGAAAAAAGUAGUGGAAAGUUUGCAUUAGCUUAGUUUGUACUGUUUGAAGAACAAAGAGACUGGAAUCUGAAACAAUAUAAAAGAAAACGCUGGAAGAACUCAGCAGGUCAGGCAGCAUCUGUGGAGGCAACAAGUGUAAGUUGACUUUGUGGGUCAAAACCUUGCAUCAGGACCUGCAUAAUGUUUGUCAUGUUUGAUUUUGAAACAGAUGGGCUAACAGAGAAUUUUAAACUGAUAAAUGAUUACCAAAGGUUAUAAUGUAAAGGCAGUUCAAUAGUUUAAGGUAUCAAUCAACCAUGACUGAACUGAAUGGCUUGAGGCACCCGAAUGUCUGAAGAAGGGUUUCGGCCCGAAACGUGACCUAUUUCCUUCGCUCCAUAGAUGCUGCUGCACCCGCUGAGUUUCUGCAGCAUUUUUGUGUACCUCCGAAUGGCUUCAUCCAGUUCCUAAAAUUCCUAAAAGAGGGCACUGUUAAUUGUUGAUGGCAUUAGUGCAACCAGCUACAGACAAUAUUAAUGAAAUGCUUUAAAUUUUGAGUGUUUGUGAAAACAAGUGUCGAAUAAAAUGGGCACUGGCUAUGCAUUACAAUCCACAGGAAUAGCAGUGUGUGCUUCUUUGUUGCAUUUUUAGGUUGAUUAACUUAGAGCAAUGGAAUUAUAAAACACAGAAUACCAGAAUAUUAAAUAAGGAAAAAUAGUGUUAAUUUAGUGUAAGUGCCACUUUAAAAUGUUAACUAUGCAGUGACUGAAAAAACAAGACGAUGCAAUAAAUGAUGCAUGGCAACGCUGUAAUGAAUGUAAUGUAAUGAAUUGUAAAAAUCAACAGAUGGAAAACAAAUGUGGAAUUUUUGUGUACUUUCUGCAGUUUUCAGCUUGAGAUUAUUUAGAACACCAAUAAAAUCUGAUGAAA